AGAAAGGGCCUUGAGAAAGAGAAUAAAUCCUUUCCUUAACAUUCACUCCUCCAUUUACACCUUCUCUCUCUCUCUCUCCCUGGUAAAUUUACUCUUCCUCAGGUUUUCUGUCUCCACCUCUCACUUCUCAUAAAAACUCUGUUCCUUUCUCUGCUUUAUAUGCAUUUAAAUAGCCUCAGUCCCCAGGCAUACACCCCUGAUUCGCGUCUCAUUGACUCUUUCCCUCAAAGUCCUUGGACUCCCUUCGUUUCGUUUCCCUCACCAGUGUCACCACACUCUCUUUAAUUUUCCCUCCUUAUACACGCAAGCUUUCCUCAGCAGAAACCUAAAGGGAAAAGAAAAAACAGAGCUUUACAGAGUCAAGAAACAGGGGAAGUUAAAAAAAGGAAAGAAACAGAGCAUUCUUUUUUCUUUUAACUUUUUUCUUGGGAUUUUCCUACAUGGGUUCUUGCAAAGAGAAAAAGGAAGAACCAGCGAAGUGUGUCUGGGUUAAUGGGCCUAUUAUUGUAGGUGCUGGACCAUCCGGUCUAGCAGCCUCUGCUUGCCUCUCUGAACAUGGCGUACCUUCUGUGAUUCUUGAGAGAAGCAACUGCAUAGCUUCUCUAUGGCAACACAAAACCUACGACCGUCUCAAACUUCACCUUCCCAAGCAAUUCUGCGCCCUUCCAUUACUAGGCUUCCCAGAAAAUUUCCCGAAAUACCCAACAAAAGACCAGUUUAUUUCGUACAUGGAGGCUUAUGCUUCGCACUUCUCAAUCCAUCCCCAGUUCAACCAGGCCGUCCAGAGCGCUGAGUUCGAUUCCAGCUGUGGGUUUUGGAGGGUUCGGACGCAGGACUUGGAGUACAUUUCCCAGUGGUUUAUAGUCGCCACCGGCGAGAAUGCCGAGCCGGUGAUACCGGAGAUUGUUGGGAUGGAGCGUUUCCAUGGCCAUGUUGUUCAUACUAGCGCCUAUAAGUCUGGUUCGGAUUUCGCAAACCAGAAGGUUUUGGUCGUUGGCUGUGGAAAUUCUGGCAUGGAAGUUAGCUUGGAUCUUUGUAGGCACAAUGCUGUUCCUCAUAUGGUUGUUAGAAACACUGUGCAUGUUCUUCCAAGAGAAAUGUUUGGCUGCUCAACAUUUGGAAUAGUAGCGGCACUUCUCAAAUGGUUUCCUUUAAGGCUAGUCGACAAGCUCCUGCUGCUAGUCUCUAAUCUCACCGUCGGGAACACAGACCAACUAGGCCUCCGACGGCCGAAAACCGGUCCAAUUGAGCUCAAAAACGUCACCGGGAAGACCCCUGUCCUUGAUGUUGGAGGACUAUCUCAAAUAAAAUCCGGUAAAAUAAAGGUGAUGGAAGGAGUGAAGGAGAUAACAAGAAAUGGAGCAAGAUUUAUGGAUGGACAAGAGAAGGAGUUCGAUUCAAUAAUCUUAGCAACUGGGUACAAAAGCAAUGUGCCUACUUGGCUCAAGGGCUGUGAUUUCUUCACAAAGGAUGGGAUGCCGAAAACGCCGUUUCCUAACGGAUGGAAAGGAGAGAACGGACUGUAUACAGUUGGCUUCACAAGAAGAGGCCUCCUCGGGACGGCCUACGACGCCGUUAAAAUUGCUAACGACAUUGCUGACCAAUGGAGGACGAUGAGGGACUGUAGGACUUAUCGUAAUUCCCAUAUUAUCCUUCUGAAAAAUAGUAACAAAAUUAAAUUGUAGAGAGAGAGAUUGGUUAAUUUUCGGGGGGUUAUUAUUAUUAGGUUUUUACAUGUGACGACUUUUCUUCACUUUGUCAGGACUUGUAAAUGCGUCAAUUUUGGACUUCUCCUUCUCUGGUCACCAUGAUGGU